UCUGUGUCUCUCCUGGCUCGGUCAGACAGUUAGCUUCAGUUAGCUUCAGUUAGCUUCUCUGAGCUCAGACAUCUGCAGAGAAGAUGGCGGCGCUACGAGUCGCGGUGCUAUCGGGGAGCAGCAGGGCUCUCCUCAGUACUCCCAAAACCAUCAAGACCCCCACGGCCAACAUGUCGAUGGCCAGCCUGUCGAGGAGUAAGAAGAUCGCGCUGUCGACCGUCGGCGUGGUCACAGCCGGCGGGGCGGGGCUCGCUCUGAUGCUGCACCAAUCCGUUAGAGCGUCAGACCUGGAGCUCCACCCCCCGAACUACCCCUGGAGCCACGCUGGUCCCCUGUCCUCGCUGGAUCACGCCAGUAUUCGUCGUGGGUACCAGGUGUAUAAGCAGGUGUGCUCAGCCUGCCACAGUAUGGAGUACCUGGCCUUCAGGAACCUGGUGGGAGUGUCGCACACGGAGGCGGAGGUCAAAGUCAUCGCUGAGGAGGUGGAGGUGGUCGACGGUCCUGAUGAGAGCGGAGAGAUGUUCACCCGUAAUGGGAAGCUUUCGGACUACUUCCCGAAGCCCUACGCCAACCCCGAGCAGGCCAGGGUCGCCAACAACGGAGCCCUGCCUCCAGAUCUCAGCUACAUCAUCAGCGCCAGACACGGAGGAGAGGACUACGUGUUCAGCCUGCUGACGGGGUACUGUGAGCCCCCAGCAGGAGUGCAAGUGAGAGAGGGGUUGUACUAUAACCCAUAUUUCCCCGGACAGGCUAUCGGCAUGGCUCCGCCCAUUUACAACGAGGUGCUGGAGUUUGACGACGGAACUCCUGCCACCAUGAGCCAGGUCGCUAAAGACGUGUGUACUUUCUUGAAGUGGGCUGCAGAGCCGGAACACGACCAGCGCAAACGCAUGGGACUGAAGCUGCUGAUGGGCUCGGCCAUCCUCAUCCCUCUGGUCUACUACAUGAAGAGACACAGGUGGUCCGUGUUGAAGAGCAGGAAGAUCGCCUACAAGCCUCCCAAGUAAACGGAAACAAACGCACCCCUACCUGGGCCUAAAACCUACCAGAGAGGGGCUGCGUUCAACAACCCCACAACCCUCACCUCACCAGGAACAUGACCCAGAACAGAACAGCUGACUCACACAAGCCUUUCUGAAACAGGGGUAGAGUGAUAAGAGUUUGUAUUCUACGUUUAUUCCUACAGAGAAAUGCCUUUAUUUUAGUGGUAGGCGCGGUGGAGCCAAUCAUGUGACGAGUUAGUGUCAGAGUUGUGGCGUCCUUGAACGCACCCUUCACAAAGUUUGUUUUACCUGCUUUGAGACAUCGCCGCCAGCAGUCCGCGUCUCGCCAUCUCGUGUCAGAAACUUUGUCUCUUUGAUUAAGCGAUGAGUUGAUCGGUCGUCCGUCUUUGUAAGAUACUCAAUGACCACAGGAGUGCUGCGACAUGUUAACCCCUUUCCUGUCCGCUCCACGAAGACACUCAGUGGACCCCGAGGCAGCCUCUGAACUUCUGUUUUACUGUACAAAAUAAAUUAUCUUAAAGGAAACUUUGUCGUGUGGGGGUUUGUUUUGUUUCAGGGGUUCCAUGUUUAACUCAUGCCCACCUUUUAAAUGCUGCCGUGGUGUCUGUUCAUCUGCAUCUACACCUGUCAUGUAAAUAUUGAAUAAAGUGGUGACUGAACAAA